AUGGCUGUAGAGGUUGAGGUGGACCAUUUCAUGGGGCCGGAGGAAGUGGAUGACAGUAAGCUUUUUAGAACACUGCCUGAAUUAAAAUCCCAAAUUGUUCAACUACAAUUCAAUUCUCCAUCAGCAGCUGUAAUGCGUAAAUGUCCCAAGUUUCAAAAGGCGUUGUUGCCAUCAGAUGCCAAGGGUUCCGAACCUUCUGGCGACCCCCGCAAGGAGCCAGAUUUCAUGUCUUUGGGUCCUUAUCACCGUGGCAAGUCCAAGCUCGUGCGUGGCGAAGAGAUCAAGCUUAACUUGGCAGUGCAUGCCUUCAAAUUAUUUUUGAAGUCGAAAGUAGGCCAGCGAGUAGACCAGCGAGUAGGCCAGCCAGUAGGCCAGCCAGUAGGCCAGCGAGUAGGCCAGCCAGUAGGCCAGCCAGUAGACCAGCCCUCAGUCCAGCCAAUAGAGAUGGUAGUCGAUGAAUCAUACAACAAAAUUAGCAGUAAAGUUAAGGAUCUGAGGGAUUUUUAUGAUUGGGAGGGUAUGAAGGAUUAUUCGGAUCAAGAAUUCAGUGUGAUGAUGCUGGUGGACGGGUGUGCUUUACUGUCGUACAUGAUUAUUGCUUGCGGUGUGGAUGACCUUGAAGAAGAAACUUUUCAUAUCAGAAUUGAGGAUGUAAGCCGUCUGCGUCGGGACGCGCUGCUGCUGGAGAACCAACUUCCCUAUCCAGUGCUGCUUGAGCUGAGGAGUAUGUUGCCAAAAUUUUACACUAGUUGUUGGAAAUUACUAUGCCUGGAUUUCUUCGGCAUGAUGGAGGAGGAGGAGGAGGAGGAGGCCUACCCAUUCCUGCCAAAAAUGAAGAAAUUUUGCUGCGGGCCGUUCUUUGCGACCGGGCAAAGUAGUAACCCUUGCAUGCCCAAAAGUAUGAGCUGGCAACGGGGGCCAAACCCUGAUGGAGAGGCGGGGAUAAACCAUAAUGAAGAGUCGAGGUAUUGUCAUCUUCUCGAUAUGUACUUACAAAAUUUCGUAGGACCCAAGGGGGAUAAAAUUGGCGGUAUUGGAUCAAUUGAAGAUGUGAAGGAGCAAGCUAUGGCAUCAUUUAGAAAUGUGAAGGAGCUGAUGGCCACUGGAAUCCGCAUCAAGCCUAGUCCUACACGUUACUUGAGGGACAUUUCUUUCACUUCCAAUUGCGUCACUGCAUCCCUCAGACUUCCUCCCAUCACCAUUGAUAAGUCAACCAAGACAUUGUUCUUGAACUUGAUAGCGUAUGAAAUGACAUUAGGCGUCGAACAUCAUGACUUCAUCCCUUACCUUCGCUUUCUUGACUCCCUCAUUGAUCAUGCUGAUGACAUUAAGGAGCUGCAGUCCGCCGGGGUGCUCCAAAACUAUCUAGGCACUCAUGAAGAAGCGGCUGAAUUUUUCAACACUGUGUCCGCCAAUUUGGAAUCAAACCCUCGUACUUACAUUAAUGUGGUAGUCAAAAUUCGGAAGCACCUUAAAAGUCACCGUAACAGCAGACUAAAAAGGUGGAUGACGCAAUGCCUGGACACCUACUUCGGUAGCCCCUGGACUAUCAUAGCUUGGGUUGGUGCUGCUUUGGUCCUUUUCUUUACUGGCGUCCAGACUUAUUUCUCAGCCUUCUCUCAUUGA